ACAAAUUCAUUCUUACAUCAAGUAUAAAUAAUUAUAUUUAUCCAUCGAUUUACGAAAAAAAAAAAUAUUUUUUUACAGGAUCAUUCAACUAAUUUACCAACUACAACAACCGAUCGUUUUAAUUCAACUGAAACCAAUACUAAAAAAAGUCGAUCAAAUUCAACGUCAAAUAAUGCUACAUCUGAUCUUGCUACAUCAUCAGCAUCGACAUUGCCUGGAUUCGAUGCAGAUUUUCUUCGUCAUGCAUUUUCACAACAAUUUCGACCAUCACUUGAUUUAUCGACUUAUUUUACUGCAGCUGCUGCAGCUACAAGUCCAAAUGGUACGGGAUCAGCAUCAUCUUUGUUUCGUCCAAAUUUUUCACCAUCAAAUUUUCUUCAAUCAUUAACUGCGCCACCACCACCACUACCAACAUCACUUGUAUCAUCUCAUACACAUACGAACGGAACAAAUGAUUCAGCAGCAACAACAACAACUACCUCAACAACAACAAAUAAUAAUAAAUUAUCGAAACAAAUGAAACUGUCUAAUACAGAAACAAGUUCAAUUAAAGUUCUUGUUAAUGCUUAUCGAGAAGCAGCUUCUUAUUUAACUCGUUCAGCUGAUGAACUUGAACAAUUAAUAUAA